GACUCCCCAAAAGUCCUCAUUUCUCGCCUCUUCUACAUUUUUUCCUUUCCGGUUUUCCACUCAAUCCCCUCUUCUACAUUCUGUGUCUGUCACUCUGAGAAUCGAUUUGGGGCCUAGUUCAAUGGAUAACAUCAAUGACAAGAAUUAUAAUCACGAGGAAUCGAGUCCGUUCUUGAGUAAGCAAGUCGGAGAAGAAGAAAAGGAUGCACAGAAAACAACCAAGCCCACCGACACCAAGGCUGAAACCGUCACUAUCUCGCCCGGGACCAAAGCUCCGGCUCCGGGACCGGAAAAUAUUGAUGGAUACGGCUGGACAGCCAACGGGUUGCCAUUGGGACACGGGAGCGUGAUGGGCGAGCCGAUGGGCAGGGCCCACUGGGACUCUUCUCUCUUCGCCUGUCUUGGACGCAACGACGAGUUCUGUAGCAGCGAUCUUGAAGUUUGUCUUCUUGGAAGUGUGGCUCCUUGUGUGCUGUAUGGAAGUAAUGCUGAGAGACUUGGAUCCAGUCCUGGCACUUUUGCAGAUCAUUGCUUGCGUUACUCUGGUCUAUAUUUGAUUGGGAAUUCUGUUUUUGGUUGGAAUUUCCUUGCACCAUUGUUUUCACACACUAGCCGUACUGCCAUUCGUCGGAAGUUCAACCUAGAGGGCAGCUGUGAGGCACUUCAUAAGUCAUGCGGGUGCUGUGGAAGCUUUCUGGAGGAUGAGGUGCAGCGUGAACAAUGUGAAUCUGCUUGUGAUGCCAUGACUCAUGUCUUCUGCCACAUGUGUGCUCUUUGUCAGGAAGGUCGGGAACUCCGUCGUAGAUUGCCUCAUCCGGGGUUCAAUGCUCAACCAGUCUUGGUUAUGAUUCCUCCAAUGGAGCAGACCAUGGGCCAUCCUGCCUGAGAGCUUCCUGCCUUAGCAUGGAAGAGUUUUACUGUCUAUAUAGUAUCAGUACAACAUGAUGGUACUGAACUGUGUAAAACUGUAUUUGAGUUUCGUGAGCUGCCUCUGAAGAACUCUUGCUUUGUUUGAUUGAACACCUGUAAGUAAGGUACAAUGAAAAUGUAGACUUCACCCUUUCUGUGUUUAUAAUACGUGAUGUUUUGUGUGUUUUCA